GCCGCCGGGCUGAGGAGGAGGGGAAGGAGGGGGGAAGGGUCCCCACCCGCUUCCCGGGUCCGCCCUCGCCCGUUACCUCUGCCGGCCUGUCCUCCGGACGCCCCCCUGUCUGGCCUCCGCGCAGGUCGGUAUUGCGAGCGCGGCGCGGCCGGAGCGGAGCCCUGCCUGCCGGCCGAGCGCUUCACGCCCGGGCGGAGGCCGACCUCGGGCCGGACGGGCGUGGCCCCGAGUCUCCAGACCAGGUAGAACCCACUCCCCAGUACCUACAGUGAGGGGUCACCAAUGCCGAGGUUGGAGCUGGGGGCUGUGCCUGGCCUGGGAGAGACCAAAGACCUUGAGCAGCUUCGGCUGCUCAAUCUGGAGCUACUGAAGCAGCUGUGGAUUGGGCAGGAAGCUGUGCAGCGUUCGGUGGCCAAGGCCUUUGCAAAGUCAGGCCUGGACUGUCCCCGACGUUACAACUCAGAGACACCCAUGUAUCCAGAUACGUCCUCAGACUCCCCCAGCACCUCCGGCUCACGGGACAGAGGGCAAGAGAGGGACACAGAGGACACCCUUGGAGAUGACCCUCAUAAGAGGGUCUGGCUUGGCAGGGCCAGCUCCAGGGCGGCCUCUCUACCACCUGCCGAGCACCAACGCCCGGAGUCUCUGGACGUACCGAGGUUCCGCUCGGCUUCCUUGCCUGUCCCCAGGGAAUGGAAGGAGCCAGCACCUUUAGCAGGGCCGGGAGACAUGGAGCUCCCUAAGGCACAGACUCCAAGGUCCAGACGGAGCAAGCCAUUCAAGCCCACAGUGACCUUCGGCCAGGGGACUGCAGUGCCUGAGAGAAGCUGGCGCCUCCAGCCAUACUUGGGCUACGACUGGAUUGCAGGGUCUCUGGACAGCGCCUCCCACAUCACCGAUGAGCCCGAGGCUUUCUUCUCCACGCUACAGAAGUUCCGGGAAGCCAACAAGGAAGAGUGCAUUCAUGGUUACACCGAAGGGCAGUCCCAAGGCCUGCACGGGGACGGCGUGGAGGACGACCACCAGUGUGUGUACUGCUACCGCCUCAACCGGCGCUUGUUCCCGGUGCCCGUGGAUCCCGGUGCCCCCUGCCGCCUGUGUGGGACACCACGGGACCAGCGGAGCCCCGAGACCCUGCGAGAGCCCGCACAGGUCAGGGUGAGCGUCCCGCUGUCCAUCCUGGACCCCCCGCACCAGUACCGCAUCCACCGGCGGAAAAGCUAUGACUCCUCAGACACGCUGGCCCUGCCCCGGCACUGCCUGCUGGGCUGGGGCUCCCUCCCUCCCACAUCUGAGCGGAGAUCAGCUCCUCAGAGCCUGGAUCUCUGGUCCUCAGUCUCCUCCAAGGCCCAGCACCGGACACUGUCAGCCACUACCCCUUCCCACCUGACCCUGCGGGCGCCACCCUCCACUCCAAUCUGGUCAGAACCCUAGGUACCCCGCGGCAGGGCCCCAGCAGAAGCUCUGAGGUCAGCUGCCCAGAGGAGGAGAGCACUCCUGCCCGCCAGGUGCCCAGCCCCAUCCCUCACCAGGCAGGACCUCCGCCUGCCCUGCCCGCCCACAUGCCUGCCUGCCCACCCCGCCCCGUGGCUUCAGGAGGAGGAGGGGAUUCCACAAUCCGUUUGUAAAUAAAA